ACAAUGGCGUCACUUUAUUUGGUACCAGGAAACUGAAGGAGUCAUAGAUAAAAUUUAUGUGUUUCUUCAUAAAAAAAUUGUCUUUUAAUACUGAUGCUAAGUCAGAAAUUGUACGGGAGACAUAAUUUUUGAACUUACUUUUCUUAUUUUUGUAUGGGAUUAAAUCUUUCAAGUAGCAUUUCUGGAUGGAAAGCAAUAGACUUUUUUCAUCAGUUGAAACUAUUAUGAAAUUUUUAAAAUAGCCUGGUCCGGUCAAGUAAAUGCGCAAUCAGUGCAUAAAUGGCAGAAUUUGGUAAGGCUAUUGGAAAUUAUUGACAAAAAAGUACUUUACAGUUUCAUUCCAUUGAUUCUGCUAAAUGAAAAUGAUCCAGAAAAGGGUUAAAUUUUAUGUUUUUAGAAACAUUUAAACGACGAUGUUCUAGACAUUGUGUUGAACGGAGCUACGAGUGGUCAAUUGUACGUGGUAGAAAAUUCGAUGCCAGCAAACUCAGAGAGGCCUUCAAAUUCCCAUCCUUUUGAGGCAGAGAUUACAGCAUUAUUGAAAAACCCUCAGCCUCAAUUUGAAUUCAGUACUGAGAUUGAGGAACUGAAGAAGAAAGAUACAUAUGUCUGGAUUGAUACAGAGUUGCAAUUAAAGGAACUUGUCAAUGUAUUAAAUAAAGAGAGGUUCUUUGCUGUGGACACAGAACAACAUACUUUGCGAUCUUUUCUUGGCUUCACAGCAUUAAUUCAGAUUUCUACUCCGCAGGAGGAUUAUUUGAUCGACACAAUUGCCCUGCAUGAUUUAAUGGGCAUUCUUCGCCCAGUCUUUGCAAAUCCUUUAAUUUGUAAAGUGUUUCAUGGAGCUGAUAACGACAUUGUCUGGCUCCAGCGAGAUUUUCAUAUCUAUGUUGUUAAUCUCUUUGAUACUUCAAAGGCAUGUGAGGUGCUGUCGAAACCACAGAAAUCACUUGCAUAUCUACUAGAAACUUAUUGUGGUGUUACGACAAAUAAAUUAUAUCAGCGUGAAGACUGGAGACAACGUCCCCUCUCAGCAGCAAUGAUACAUUAUGCACAGACAGAUGCACACUAUUUGUUAUAUAUUGCAAAUUGUUUGAUCACUGAGCUCAAACAGCUGGACGGUGAAAACUCUGGUUCCGAUGACAAAUUCCAUUUUCUUCACGAGGCUAGUCGACGUUCCAACAUGACUUGUUUGCAACUUUUCACAAAAGAGAUUGAAGCUUCUCCUGGGGAAUCUGCUGCGUUGUCAUUAUUUUCACGAUAUGUGGGUGGUGAGAGUUCUCCAGUUUCCAGUGAAACCCAGUUUCAGAAUUUUGUGAGGCGACUAUGUGCAUGGAGAGAUGUGAUGGCUCGUGUCCAUGAUGAGAGCUUGAAAUAUGUAUUAUCAGACCAGGCAAUUGUUGCUUUGGCAAAUAAGCCUCCAACAAGUGACUCUGAAAUAUGCAAUGGCAUAGCUCAGGCUGAUAUCAAUAUAGAAAUGGGUGUCAAUUCUUUCUUCUCUUCUCCAUCUCCUAUUGUUGGUAGCCACCUUAGUGAUUUCUAUGAUUUACUUACAGACAAUUUAGCUAGCACUGAAGAUAUUUAUUCAGUGAUUCUUCAGAAGUGCCUUGGUCCAAAUGGGAGUUGUCCCAUUUCUCUAUUUAAUUAUUCUUUGUUGGUUAGCAGUAAUCCGAGACCUAUGAUAGCCUAUAAACAUCAUAGUGUAAAAAACUCGAAACAAGUUUCUCGGAAGGCUUCUCGAGAUUUGUUUGUUCAGAAAUUCUCCUGUAAAUCUCCUGUUUAUCAUAAUUGUCGGAUCUAUGCUAAUGAUGGGCGGCUGCUUUGUUACUGUGAUAGGAGGAAGCUUGAAUGGUAUCUGAAUCGGGAUCUGGGAAAACUAAUUGAUGACGAUCCACCUGCUAUAAUGCUUCUUUUUGAACCAAAAGGUCGCCCAGAGGAUGAAGACAAUGAUUUUUAUAUCCAGAGCAAGAAAAACAUAUGUGUUGGCUGUGGUGAAGGAAAUCACUACUUGCGGUACCGGAUAAUCCCAUCGUGCUAUAGAAUACAUUUUCCUGAGCAUUUGAAAAGCCAUCGUUCUCAUGAUAUUGUCCUGCUUUGUGUGGACUGUCAUGAAGUUGCUCAUGCUGCUGCAGAGAAAUACAAGAGAAAGAUAGCAGCUGAAUUUGGGAUUCCUCUCUAUGUUCAGAGGGUAAUCGAUCCAGGACAAGCAUCUGAAGUAGCCUUUGAAGAGGGAGGUGUUUCUCCCUUACAGUUGCGAACAGCAGCCAUGGCUCUUCUGCGCCAUGGACCAAGAAUGCCUCCCAAUCGCCGUGAUGAACUGACUGAGACUGUGAAGAGGUACUAUGGAGGGAGGGACAUAUCUGAAGAAGAUUUAGAGAGAGCUUUGCUAGUUGGCAUGAGUCCACAUGAGAGAAGACGAUUUGAGAAGAAGAGAGGAUAUUCAUUUAAGCAUUCAGUAAGAGGUACUGCUGUGGAGACAGUAUAUGAAAAUCAAGGUGAUUGCACGCCAACAAUUGGGGUUGGGGACACAUCAAAUUUUAAUGCUCUAGAUGGUUCAUCUGCAAAUAAAGCAACAAGCAAUGGAUUAGGUAGAGAACUUAUUAUAGUAAAGGAUGAUGUCAGAAACCGCACAGUAUCUUCUGAUCUAGGAGUUAAUGGAGCUGAACAUGCAAGUGCUGAUAAAAAUUCAGAUUCUAAUGACCUAAGUGCUGCUGUAAAUGCUGAUGACAGUUGUCUAAGCGAAAGGGCUCCAAAUGGAAGCGAUGACUUAUCUUUUAGAGAUGAAGAGUCCGCUCAAGUGAAACAUAAUUCAAAGCUGUCACUCUUAGGACACGGACCACAUGGGAAGCAAGUUGUUGAACAUUUAUUGAAGGAAUACGGCGAGGAUGGCAUUCGUCAGUUUUGUCAGAGAUGGAGACAAGUUUUUGUUGAAGCUGUCAAACCACGGUUUCUACCUGCUGGCUGGGACAUAAAUCACAGUGGUAGAAGGGAUUUCGGUGAAUUCAGUGUCUACAAUCCGCUCAGACAGGGAUCUGCUGCUAUUGCUACUCGCAAGUGACUACCUGGAGCUGCAGGUUGCAACGAGCUUAUUUGCGGGACCUCUGAUCUGAUGCUAUUAUUCCUUCAGAUUUGUUCCUCCACGUCCUUUCUGUCUUGGGUUAUUUUAAAGGUGGACUAUUGAAAUAUGAUGAUAGUUAUACAAAUUUCUGUCUAAAUUUUGUGCAGAUAAGAAUUGGAGAUGGAAACAUCGAAACAGGCCAAACUGAGUCAUUUUCAUUUUUAGGCUCGGCAUCUUGAAUAGGCAAUACUCAAAUUCUGCCCAUUUAAUUAAAAGAGAAUUUGGGUUCAAUC